CAAAUAUUUCGUUCUGCGCCAACAUCCGCUGUCUCAAAGAUCCCCUGUGUUGCCGUUGAUGAUUUUGACUGCCGCAAUGACGGGCACUGAGCCUGAAGACUCCUCGGUUACUCGAGUCUAUGUUUCGGGCUUGCCGCCGUCCAUGACCAAGGAGCAACUGCGGUCGCAUUUUGCAGGGAAGUAUUCGGUCACAGAUGCUCAUGUUAUCCCCGACCGCCGCAUAGGCUUCGUGGGAUUUCCGAGUCAUGAACAGGCUAAGAGCGCAGUCCGGUACUUCAACAGAACUUUCGUUCGCAUGUCAAAGAUAUCCGUAACCCUAGCCAAACCCGUACAGGUCAAGCGCAAUGAAAAAGGCCAAGCGGUCCCUGUCUCCGACCGUGCUUCGCGGAAAAGAAAACGUGAACCUCGAGAUGAUGGCGAAGAAAUUCAGCGACCCUCGAUAGGACAGCCUCGAAAAGCUACCGGCAAUGCCCCAUCAGACAAGGAAACUACCACGGAACUCGAUUCUCAAGAGAAGGACAUUUCCACAGAUGAGGCUACUUCGGAACGGGAGCAGGAAGAAGCCAUCGCGGACGAAGCACCCAGAUCUGAUGCUGAUUGGCUGCGUGGAAAAACGAGCAGGACAUUGGGUUUGGUCGAGGAAGCUGAAGAUAUGGGGGACAGCCCGAGGUCUCGAAGAAAUACUGGUAUAGGAUCCGAUCCAUCGGAAACAAUGGAAGACGUCAAGGCCAGCCAGAAUACAGCAGAUGUAAGAAAUGCUGCAGAUUCAGACCAGCGGCAUCAACCUUCAGUGCCAAAUGCUCGACUCUUCAUCAGGAAUCUUCCGUUCGACACCCACGAAGAUGACCUUCGGAAAGUCUUUGCGCCAUAUGGCAGGAUUUCAGAAAUUCAUUUAGUGACCGACACCAAAAAAUCCACCGGGAAAGGCCUUGGUUAUGUUCAAUUUGUGGAGCCGGAGCAUGCAGAGCAGGCCCUCCUCGAACUCGACGGAAAGGACUUCAAGGGUAGACUUCUGCACAUCCUACCAUCUUCGGACAAGAAAAUUCAAAAGCUCAGUGAGUUUGAAAUCUCGAAGCUGCCUCUGAAACAGCAAAGAGCGCUCAAACGGAAGAAUGAGGCAUCCACUUCGAGUUUCAGCUGGAACUCGCUUUAUAUGAAUCCAGAUGCUGUCCUGGCGUCGGUGGCCGACCGCCUGAAGGUCUCCAAAGCAGAUUUGCUUGAUCCUGCUUCUUCCGAUGCCGCUGUAAAACAAGCCCAUGCGGAGACAAGCGUGAUCAAGGAGACCAAGGAAUACUUGAAAUCCAAUGGAGUGAAUCUUGACGCCUUCAAAAACAAAUCCCGCGAUGACAAAACUCUGCUGCUGAAGAACUUUUCCUUCGGGACCACGGCAGAAGAACUCUCACAAAUGCUUGGUCAGUACGGUACGAUAGAGUCUCUGCUCUUUCCUCCAACAGGCACCAUGGCUGUCGUUCGCUAUCAAGACGGUGGUCAAGCAACUUUAGCGCUCAAGCAAUUGGCGUAUCGAAAUCUGAGAGGCUCCAUAUUGUUUGUUGAGAAAGCACCGGCAGGUCUUUGGGACGGUCUCGAGCCUAUAAGAAACACUGAUCUAUCAACUGCCGCUGGAGAUGAUGAAAACAGGGGCGCUCUCGGUACCACAUCUACGGUGUUUGUGCGCAAUCUGAAUUUCUCAACAACGAGCGUUAGAUUAGCUGAAGCAUUCAAGCCGCUGUCGGGCUUCCUUUCGGCCAAAGUGAAAACGAGGACUGACCCCAACCGGCCAGGCGAAGUUCUUAGCAUGGGCUUCGGCUUUGUCGAGUUCCGCACCAAGGUUCAAGCAGAAGCUGCAGUCGCCACAAUGAACGGCAAGCGACUGGACGGAUAUGAGCUCCUGGUGCAGACAUCACAAAAGUCAACUGAUCUGGGAGAAGAGAGACGUAAAGAGGAUACGUCGAAAAAGCUCGACUCCACAAGGACAAAGAUCGUCGUCAAAAACCUCCCUUUCGAGGCCACCAAGAAGGACGUUCGUGCUCUGUUUGGGGCAUACGGUCAGCUGCGCACUGUCCGAAUGCCCAAGAAAUUCGACAAUACAGCUCGAGGUUUUGCCUUUGCUGAAUUUCUCACUGCUAAAGAAGCUGAAAAUGCCAUUGAGGCUCUUUCCAACACCCACUUGCUCGGCCGGAGGCUUGUUCUGGACUUCGCAGAAGGCGAAAUAGUCGACCCAGAGGCUGAGAUCGAAGCCAUGGAGAGGAAAAUCCAGGGCCAUCAAGACACAUUGACUCACCACAGGAUGACAGGCUCGGCCCGGAAGAAGUUCAACGUUGGUGCGAGAGAAGAUUUCGAUCCUCUUUGAAUGAUCGGCAAUCUAGGGAGCAGUGCUUGCCCCUUGCAGAGAGCCCUUUCCUUCACUUCUCCAGCCCCCGAAAUCAUUCAUAUAUUCUGCUUGAAUCAAACCAAAUUUGCAUGCCACACCCUUUUGGUUUUUCUCAAUAAUAGUUUCAGACAGAAUUCACCAUCCUGAUGACCAGAAAGCGAGUUCGGCCAAGGGAGCACCCAUUGUUGUGCGGAUCAGUGACGCAAAGUAUCAUUCCAAAGGCAGAUUGGCCACCGUCUCACCCGAUCUCUAAUUCGUCUGUCCAUCAUCCGUGCACAGUCUUUCCUUUCCACGAUUCCAUUAUAUUCGCCUCCCGUGCACUGAGUUAGACCACCGAAGCGUCGAGAUCGAGGUUAUCC